AUUGUUCAGCAGUGGAAACUGGAGAAUCUAAUUUAAACGUCUUAAAGUUAUGACUUGGCUUCAAGUAGAUAAACAUAAUUAGUGAAAUGUCCCUAACGGGGAUUUGGAGCAGUUUAAUGACGCUGAGGCAUCAAGAUGCGUCUUAAUGAGCCCAUUUAAAAAGAACCUCAUUGCUUCUAAUUGAGCAGUUGCGCCUUCAGAUGUGUUUUUAACCUGAUUUCAAGCUGUUCAGUCGUCGGCCUCACAUCAGAGUCACUUAACGUCCGGUCUCAUUUGUCCUGGAAGCGCUCGGCAUCGGGUUUCACCACAGUGAACCCAGUGCUUCUGUCGCUUCUGCUUUCAGCUCUGACCGGAGCAGAUGUCGAUCCGCUUCCUAACGACCGGCUGAUGACGGGACAGCUGCUGUAAGUGGUCCUGAGACUCGGUGAUCAGCCUCGAAGGAAACUGUCGCCGUCGACACCGAUUGUCAGUGAGUCCCGGUCUUUGUUCUGUUCGUGUGGUUCUGCCUCCACCCGUGCUGCAGGUUCGACACGUUGAGAACAGUCAGAAAACACGCCCGUCUGCAUCCUGCGUCCAUGUUCUCCCAUAAACUGUCGACCACAACACCAGAGCCUCACAUUCCUGCAGGUUCUGCCCACUCUCUUUGAAAUGUGAGUUCUGACCCACAUGAGCAGAAGUCAUCAGGAUCGCUUCUACCUCCUGGAGACGGGACACAGCCUCCAUUUGCUGGGCUCACGAGUGUUUGUGCACCGUAAUUUGGGUCGUCAGCCUGAAGCUGGUACCGACCAGCUGUGCUGUGUGGUACCGACCAGCUGUGCUGUGUGGACCUGGUUCCUACUCUGCAGACCUGACGGCAGCACAAGCUACAUUAAAUACUUCACGAGUAGAAGUGAAGUAUUCGGAAGUACUUGCUCAGUAUCACUGUCCACUGGGUUUGGACCUGCAGCAGUGGUACCGACUCAAUCUUGUUCUACUCGCAUCGUGUACGUCCUCCGUCCUUACGUGUCAACCGAUGUCCUCACAGCUGUAGGAAGAGCACAGCGUGUUAUGUAGAACGUGUGAACGCGCGGCGCGGCCCCGACGGACAGUGAGCGCAGCGCAGCGCAGCGCGGACAGCGGUAGCUGCUGGUUCGGGUCCCGGUCCGUGGAGUCCUUCUCAGACUAAACAGUGGUUGACAUGUCCCAGGAUGGGUGACCUGACCAACAGCAGCUAUGGUCUGGACUACGAGGUCCCGCUGGACGAGGUUCCGGACACCACCCAGGGCAGGGCCUUCUUCGUGGCCACCAUCAUCAUCGGUGUGGUGCUGGUGGGCAUCAUGCUGGUCUGCGGUGUGGGGAACUGCCUGUUCAUCGCCAGCCUGGCCCGGUGCAAGCAGCUCAGGAACCUGACCAACCUGCUGAUCGCCAACCUGGCGGUGUCGGACGUGCUGGUGGCCGUGGUUUGCUGCCCCUUCCUGCUCGACUACUACGUGGUGAAGCGGCUGUCGUGGGACCACGGCCUGCUGCUCUGCGCCGCCACCAACUACCUGCGCAUCGUCUCGUUGUACGUGUCCACCAACGCCCUGCUGGCCAUCGCUGUGGACAGGUACAUGGUGAUCCUCCACCCCCUGAAGCCCCGGAUGAAGUUGCAGACGGCCUCCUGUGUCAUCCUCAUGGUGUGGCUCGUGCCCGUCUUCAUCUCCAUUCCUUCUGCCUACAUGGCCUCUGAGAGCACGUACUCGCAUGCAGAGGGUCACCCCCACAAGACCUUCUGCGCUCAGAUCUGGCCCGUGGACCAGCAGGUUUGGUAUCGGUCCUACUUCUUCUUUAUCUUCGCUCUGGAGUUCUUGGGGCCAGUGAUCAUCAUGGCCGUGUGCUACGUCAAGAUCUCCAGGGAGCUGUGGUUUAAGGACGUCCCUGGAUUUCAGACGGAGCAGAUCCGGAAAAGGCUGCAUAGGCGGCGCAGGACAGUGGUGGUGCUGAUUCUGGUUCUGGUUGCCUACAUCCUGUGCUGGGCCCCGUACUACGGAUACACCCUGCUGCGGGACUUUCAUCCCUUGCUCAUUUCCAGGGGCAGGAACUCGCUUGUGGCCUUCUACAUUAUUGAGUGCAUCGCCAUGAGCAACGGCAUCAUCAACACCCUUUGCUUCGUGAGCGUCCGGAACAGCACCAAGCACCUGAGGAAGAUUAGCAAGUUCCCGCUGAAGCUGGUGACGUUUGUGGCCAAGUCGCCGGAUGAAGCAGAGGGGCAGACUCUUUCCCUGCGAGUGACGGAGGAUGGGGAGGGAGCUCGGGUCCGGGAGCAGCCACAGCAGAAGCUGCUCACCUGAGCCCAGUAGGAGCAGAGCAGAAGGACUCGGCAUCAGGGGAGAGUCCAAACAAAACCCAUCAUUUAUCCAUGUGGUGAAGUGGUUUAGUGAUUGAAUAUUACAGUGGAGCAGAGACAGCGGCAGGAGGAUAAGAGUCAGAACUGCUUUAAAAACAGGCCCACAGCCGUGGUUCUGGAGAGAGAGGUGGGUCCGAGCCAGAAGAUGCUGAUGGUCAUAGGUUAGUGAAAAUGUGUUUGUGUCACUUUCAUGUGGAUCUAAGCAUUUUGAUAAUUAAUAACUUAACAGACCUGUAAUAGUUCUGAUGGUUCGUCUGAUGAUCACUGCUUAAAUCCAUCUUGGGUCAGUGUGACAAUUAUUCACAGUAAAAUUCUUUAACUACACCGAUUUAUUCAGGUGAACCUGACCCAAGUCCAGGGUUCGAACCGAUGCGACUUACAAAAAGCGUGAGAAAUAUUCAAAGCGCUGAGCUCACUAAAGGAUAGCAGGGAAGCAUCCACAGAACCAAGCUGAACUCAGUCAGUACAGGUGGAAGGUGGUUCUAGAUUUAGCGUCUGUCAAGGUGAGUGGCUUUGUCUUCAGACCAAUGAGCUCACCAGCGUUAAUGUGUUGUGUGUAAUUGUGGACCAGUCGGUUCCGUCUGUCUUAUGUUCAAACGUGUAAAUGUUCCAAUAAAGACAUUAGCUCUGUGCAUGUGUCUGUGAACUCAAUGUCACCUGCAGUCACCUCAGAAUCAGAACCCGUCAGAGCUGAUAACGUCUG